AGACACACCUCGCCCCGUGGCUUCCUCCUGCUCCCGUUGAUUUCUUGGCAGCGUCCGUCCGCAGCUAGAAACCAAAGCACACUCGUCUUCUUCCUUCCCCAUUCUGUCAGCUACUCUUCUUCCUCCUCCUCCUCCUCACAUGGACGCGUCAUCGUCGGAGGACCGUCAGUCGCCACGCAGCAGGCAGCUGCAGCUGCAGGGCCCGCGCCCCCCGCGGCUGUCCGUCAGCAAGGACUCCCACAAGGUCAGGAAGCCGCCCGUCGUGCCGCUGCCCUACGGAGCCCGGCAGCAAGCCCCCAACAACCGCCACCAGCAAGCUCAGCCGCGGGCGCCGGUCAUCAUCUACGACGCCUCGCCCAAGGUCAUCCACACCCAGCCCGGCGAGUUCCUGGCGCUCGUCCAGCGCCUCACCGGCCCGGGCGCGCCGGCUCAGUACUCCGCCGAGGAGGCGGCGGGGUCCUCUGCCAUGCCGCCGCAGUUCCAGCCGCAGGAACUGCCUUUCUCGCCGGCGGCGAGGUACGCCGCGAUCGAGAGGUCCGUCCGGCCGCUGCCGCCUGGGCCCGCGCCGUACGCCGCCGGCUCCUGGCUGGACCUGGAUGGCUUCGCGGAGGUCCUCGGCCCGGGACGGCCCGGGAUCCUCUCGCCCGUGCCGUCAGCGCUGCCGGCGGCGGCCUCGGCGGGGCUGUUCUCGCCGCUGCCGUUCGACACCAGCUCCCUGUCCUGGCUCAACGACCUGAGCCCGUUCCUCGCCUCCGCCGGCGCCCGCGACGCGCCGCCCUUCGCCUCGAGCCCUGGCGGCCUGCUGCUUGCCACGCCCACCGUGCCCUCGCCGGGGAUGAUGAUGCGGUUCUUCAGCGACUUUCCGGACCUGUAAAUUAACCUGAUUUGAUUUGAUUUGUUUUUUUCUGCGUCCGGGUUUAAAUGGCUGCCGGAGGACCAGGGAGUAGGUGUGCUAGUGAGCUUCGUCUCUGGGUAGUUGGCUAAUCAAUCAGAAAAAAAAUACUACUCCUCCUGAUUGAGUAUUAAGUUGAGUAGAUAGACAUCGCUCCUGUUAAUUGUUUGACAUUGUCAACUGAUUGAGUAGUGUAGGUUUGUGUUAACCUUGUUUCAAGAUUAUUGACUCUUGGGAGCCAACCACCUUUGGUGGGUGGUUCUUUCAAUUAAUUCUGAUUGUGUUACUUGUAAACGAAGGUGUGAUAUGUUG